AUGGAGCCUGAUAUGGAUGUGGACGAACCUCGCGGCACGAAACGACCAGCCGAAGAAACUGAGGCUUCUUUGAAGCCUAAACGAAUCAGAGCCCUUGACCCAGAUGUGGUGAACAAGAUUGCGGCUGGGGAGAUCAUUGUGGCUCCCAUGCAUGCCAUGAAAGAGCUGAUCGAGAAUGCCGUUGACGCUGGCUCUACAUCCAUCGAGAUCCUCGUGAAAGAUGGCGGGCUUAAACUGCUGCAGAUUACUGAUAACGGCCAUGGCAUAGAUCGAGACGACCUCCCCAUACUUUGUGAACGGUUUACCACCUCCAAAUUAAAGCAGUUCGAAGAUCUUUCGUCCAUCGGUACGUAUGGAUUUCGAGGCGAGGCACUCGCCAGUAUAAGCCAUAUUGCGCAUCUUACCGUGACCACAAAGACUGCUGGAUCGAGCUGUGCAUGGAGAGCUCAUUAUGGCGACGGACGUCUCGUCCCAGCUAAGCCAGGACAAAGCACAGCUCCCAAAGCCACGGCAGGUCGAGGUGGUACUCAGAUUACCGUGGAGGAUUUGUUCUACAAUGUGCCGACGAGACGCCGAGCUUUCCGGUCAGCAAGCGAAGAGUAUGCGAAAAUACUAGAUGUUGUUGGGCGCUAUGCAGUCCACUGCUCCGGGGUUUCAUUCUCUUGCCGCAAGCAUGGAGAUUCGGGCGUGAGUAUAUCAACGCCGGCCGCUGCAAGCACAGUCGACCGAAUCCGUCAGAUUCAUGGGAGCGCAGUGGCCAACGAACUCAUAGAGUUCAAGUCUGAGGAUCCCAAAUUGGGUUUUCGCUCGUCUGGUCUUGUCACCAAUGCGAAUUACCAUGUUAAAAGAACGGUCAUUCUUCUCUUCAUCAACCACCGCUCUGUUGAAUCCACUGCGGUUAAGCGGGCAGUUGAGCAGACAUACGUGAGCUUUUUACCAAAAGGGGGCCAUCCUUUUGUCUAUAUUGAUCUGGAAAUUGAACCUCAGCGAGUGGAUGUAAAUGUGCACCCGACAAAACGCGAAGUGAGCUUCCUUAAUGAAGACGAGAUCAUCGAAUGCAUCUGCAAUGAAAUCAGAUCGAAUCUAGCGCAAGUGGACUCAAGUAGAACUUUCUUGACACAAACCCUCCUUCCAGGGGUGAGAUCUGUUGAGCCUUCAACAACACAGGCCGAUACGUUGAUAGAGGCUGGGGAGUCAGUCCCUAAAACACCCGCCACAACCAAAAAACCAUACGAGCAUAACCUGGUUCGUACAGAUUCCAAAGUGCGCAAAAUCACAUCCAUGCUAUCACCCGCAUUGCCUCAAACUGUAGAAGCAGAGGCUGCUUCUACUGUUCUUGACGAAGGAGUUGUGUAUGAGACGACAGACCGCGAGCCAAUUCGGAUCGCGCUUACCUCUGUCAAAAGCCUGCGCGCAAGUGUUCGCAAUACCAUGCACAACAACCUGACUGAAACAAUCGCUUGCCAUACUUAUGUAGGGUUAGUUGACGAGCGACGGCGCAUAGCCGCUAUACAGUCGGGUGUGAAGCUCUAUCUAGUUGAUUAUGGGAUGUUCUGCAGUGAAUUUUUCUACCAAAUAGGCUUAACAGACUUUGGCAACUUCGGAGUUAUCAAGCUGGAGCCGGCACCCAAAAUUAUAGAUCUACUCCGCAUUGGUGCAGAGGUCGAACGCGAAGAACAUGAGGCGCGGCAAACUUCCAAAUACACUCAGCAGAAGGAAAGGGCCAGUCGAGAGGGAGAACAGGAAGAAUAUGAUAUCUUCAGCAACGCCCCCGACAUAGUAGCAAAGACACUUAUAGACAGACGGGAAAUGCUCAAUGAGUAUUUCUCACUAGAUAUCUCAGAGCAAGGCGAACUCCUCUCCAUCCCACUAUUACUCAAAGGUUACCUACCCUCGUUGGGGAAACUACCACGGUUUUUGCUCCGACUAGGACCUUACGUCAACUGGACAAGCGAGGCAGAAUGCUUUCGCACGUUUUUGCGUGAACUCGCAGCUUUCUAUACGCCGGAACAACUCCCUCCCCCUCCGCCACCACAGACCUCCUCCGCCGCAGAUACUUCAGAAGCCGAUGAGAACGCGAGAUCACAAGGUCCUCACGAAGAAGAUGAGACGAUUAGACACCGUCGGCUGCAAAUGGCUCGGAUGAUGGAACAUGUGGUAUUUCCAGCUCUCCGGGCUCGUCUUGUUGCUACGACAAGACUUCUCCAAGGCGUGGUAGAGGUCGCUGAUCUGAAAGGUCUAUAUCGAGUGUUUGAACGAUGUUGA